CAAAAAAAAAACAAAAUGAAUAAAAAUACAUUGUGGUUAAUGGUUGUGCUUUUGGCCAUGUAUUUGACAUUGGUGUUUUGUGAAGAACAACAGCAGCAGCAACAACAAGAACUACAAGAAAAUUCGGAAACUGCACUUGAGGCUGCAGUAAAAGAAUUUCUAGGAAGUGAUUCAACUGAACUGUCGCAGGAUGAAGCCAGAACUAGAAGAAGACAUAGGCAUCAUUUGUAUGCCAGAUGGGGCUGGACUGCCAUAGCCAUUGCCUAUUUGAUUAAAAUCAAGGUUGUCAUUGUGGCCUUCUUUGUGGGCAGUGCCGUGUAUUUGGGUCUGCGUUAUUUGUGGCCCCACAAAUGUCAACCUGAAAUUAUUUUGGAUCAUCCUCCACCGUUCAUUAGUUCAUCAUGGGGAGGCAGUAGCCCUGGUGCCUCAUUCGAUCCUUAUUCGGCUUAUGCUGGUUCAUAUGGCAGUUCUGAUGUUUCACCACCCGAAGCCCCCUCCGCUGACGUUCCCAGUUAUCGUAUCAAACGUGAAGUCAUAGAAAAUGUAGAACAAGAAGAGUCCAGACAGAUGGGGCCUGCAAUCAAUGAAGAAAAAAUCGGCAAUUUCAUGUUUAUGUUUUUGGGUUUGGAUUCCAUGGCCUGCCGUCGCCGUUUCAUCUGUGAAAUGGAAUUCCGUUCGAAGACCAACCCCCUAACGGCCAUGGCUUUCCGUGUGGUGGGACGCAGCUUCUUUGCCAAAUACACCAACGAUCGCAAUGAAAUGGGCCAGGCGAAUUCAUUUGAAGAAUGUGCCGCGGUGAAUAGUGAAUGUGUUUUCAUUGAAAACGAUAACAAUAAUCAGGAGCAGGAGGAACAGACACACGAAGAAGAAUCAUCACUAAACAAUACAGCAGCAGAAAGUGAAUCGAACAACAAUGAUUUGAAUUCGGAUGCUCUGCCCACCGAAGAAGAUGCCGAUAAUAAUUCCAUCGAAAAUAAUAAUAUUGAAGAGAGAGCAAAUUAUCAAAAUUUAAUGGCCGAGAGAAGGCAUUCCUAUUGGAGACAUCGUAGCGUGCGAGGAGGUGGUGAUCGCCAAUUUUAA